AUGCGAUUUCUAGAGCAUUCAGGAUUAAACCGACUAUCAGUUCUCUUAAGUAACUUGGAUGUUGGUGACCGGAUUUUUAAUGGAAGACUUGAGCUGUUUACUUGUUCUGAAAAGGUUUCUGAAGAAUGUGAUUUGAGUGAAAGAGUUGAUCGCGAAGUGUGUGUUUCGCCACAGUGGAUUUCCCACUCACCAAUUGGGCCAGUUCAACGUCAAGACGUUCGUGAACUACUGGUAAAUUUGAUCAGCACAAUGAACCAAUGUUUUCCAGAUUAUGAAUUUAGUUUAAUAAAGCCAGAUAAUUUAUUCAAAGAAAAGAGUUUUUCUACUGUAUACAAUAAUAUUAACUACCACCUUUCAAGUAUUGUAGAAAGAAUCUACCCUAGUUUUCUUUUAGAAUUAUGGGAAAACAUUAGAGAUGCCGUAGAAAUUAAAUAUACGGAAAUUUAUUCAUAUAGAUUGAUGGGGAAUGACGAACUAAGCCCAUUUUUGGAUGAUGGAUCUUUGUUUUCAUUUGAUUACUUUUUUUAUGAUACUAGGUCACAGAGAAUCCUAUUUUUUGCCUGUACCACAAAAUCUAAAUUGAAUAUUAGUUUUACAGACAAUGGUAUAGACAGCUCAGAAGAGAGUAUCGCCGAAGAUGAUGAAGUAGAAUCUGAAUAA